AUGCGCUCUUUUAUUCUACUUGCUUUUUUGAUUGGUACCUCUUUGGCUUCCAAGAUUACCGAGGAUUCUGUAGAGGUUAUUAAUCCAAAAGAUCCAGAAGGAGACAUUAUCUAUCCUACUAACGAAACCGUAUGGGUGACGGGACAGUAUGUCAAUGUGACCUUUAGACCCACAACUCCUCCCACCGAAACUGUCUCCAUUUUUUUCAACUCUGAUCGAACUGUUAGUCUUGGAGGUGGACCAGGCGAUCAGCUGGUAUUUCCAUUCGUUGUCCCACCGCUUGCAAUCAGCCCUCCCGGCCAAAGAUCUCUAUUAAUCGCAGUCCGUCGUCAAAAAGAUCAUAUCGUACAGACAAUUGAUGCAGUCAAUGUCAAAGUUAUUAGUCCAGAUCAAGUACCAAAAGAAUCAAAUUAA